CACCUUUGCCAUAUCAGCCGGUCUAACAGUAAUGGCUGACCCUACAGCCUUCUACGAGCCAGAGGACGAUGAACUACUCUCUUCCCUCGCCGUGCCAGCCUACGGCGUCUCAGCUCAUGCUUUCCACGACGAAUUCCAACACCUCCAAGAGCUGGAACAACAUGCCUACCCUCCAUCGGUCGCCCAACAAGAAGAAGAACAUCUAGCUGCUCUUGAAGCCAUCCCACAAGAUGUCAAACGAUUUCUCAUCCUCUUUCACCAAGCUAUUCUCGAAAACGACUUACCGAGCAUUUCCAAUAUGUACGAGAGCGGAUGGACGAAACUCACAACGGCUCAUUAUGCCAAUUCGGAAUGGCCAGAGGCAGAGCUCAUAUCGCCUUUGGUUCAGAACGAUCAAGUGUUUUUGACUUUAUAUCGCGAAUUGUACUUUCGACAUGUUUAUGCGAGGUUGCAACCUACCAUCGACGAUCGAUUUCAGUCCUAUGAGAAUAUCUGCGAGUUGUUCAAUUACCUUUUGAAUUCUGACGGUCCCGUAUCUCUCGAACUACCCAUUCAGUGGAUAUGGGACAUGCUGGACGAAUUUGUCUACCAAUUCCAGUCCUUCGCUCAAUGGCGUGCGAAUCCCAAGCAGAAGACAGAAGAGGAAUUAGAACUACUCGCGGAAGCUCAGCAAGUUUGGAGCUGUUAUUCGGUUUUGAAUGUUUUGUAUUCUUUGAUACAGAAGAGUCACAUAGACGAUCAGUUGAAAGCGGAGAAAGAGGGCAAGAGUCCCGAGGAAGUAGCUGAAUUAGGCGGAGAAUAUGGAUCCAAACCACUGUACAGACAUCUUGGCUAUUUUUCUCUCAUAUGUCUUCUCCGGGUACAUGUCCUCCUCGGUGACCCAACUCUCGCUUUGCAAACAGUGGAGCAUGUUGAACUCAGCAACACGGCCUUCAUCACCCGUAUCACUGCCUGCCAUGUUAUGGCUUACUACCAUAUCGGAUGUGCUUACAUGUCUCUCGGCAGAUGGCCAGACGCUGUCAAGACGUUCGUGCAAGUAUUGAUCUUCAUCAACCGAAUGAAGCAAUAUCACACCAGAAGUUACCAAUAUGGAGCCAUCACGAAGCAGUGCGAAAGAAUGUACGCUUUAUUGGCCAUCUGCACGACCUUAUCACCGGGGCCUUCGGAUGAGAGUAUCAUGGCUAUCGUCAAAGAACAUUAUGGGGAUCAAUUGUCGGUGUUACAGCGAGGCGGAGAAGAAGCCCUGGCCACUUUCAAAGAACUUUAUCUCGGUGCAUGUCCCAAAUACUUAACCGUCAACCCACCCCCUUACGAAGACCCUGCGGCGCUCGAAGUAUACGCACAGAACCCUCCUGUCGACCCCACCCGAAGACAUCUCGAUCUUUUCCUCUCCGAAGCUCAGGCGGUAAGCGGCGUGUCGACGGUCCGCAAUCUGCUCAAACUGUACACCUCUAUCGACGCAUCCAAAUUAGCGGCUUUCAUGAGUCCUGAUGAGACAGAUGGGGAGGACCGAGUUUUGGAGCAAUUGAUGAUGCUCAAAGCUGCCAGUCGGACGUACGCUCGAGGGCAGGGUAUGGGUGUUUUAGAUGGGGAGAAGGUAGUGACGAACAAUCUGGAUUUCACGAUUGAGGGGACUAUGGUUCACGUGGAAGAAACAACAGCCCAUCGUCGUUACGCAGGCUUCUUCGUUCGUAAUGCCGAACAAGCCAUGAGAGCAUUCAACACCAUUCGAUCUUCUCCUCUCCCAUCCCCUUCCGUUCGUCGACCACAGUCCGCCGUUCCGUUACCGAACUCAGCCAUCCCUCCAAAACCAUCGGCCACGACCAUCGCCAAUGGUGUUCCCGCGAGUGAUGGAGCAUGGCAACAAGUCACCAAGCGACAGGUCAGAAUAGUCGGUUGA